AUGGGUAAACUUGAAGGAAAAAUUGCUCUCAUCACAGGUGGUUCUGAUGGUAUUGGUUUGGCUACUGCUCAAAGAUUUGUCGCUGAAGGAGCAGAACAUAUUUUCAUCACUGGACGACGGAAUGUAUCCAAUAUGGCUGAUCUUGAUAGACUAUACAGCUUGAUUCAAAAAGAAAAAGGUCGUUUAGAUAUACUCUUUGCUAAUGCUGCAAUUUUUGAAACUGCACCAAUUCAUUUGGUUACUGAAAAACAUUUUGAUGAUACAUUUAAUAUUAAUGUAAAAGGUAUUUUAUUCACUGUACAAAAAGCUUUACCAAUUUUUACCGAUGGCGGAUCAAUUAUAUUGAAUGCAUCAGUUGGAUCUAUUAAAGCAUAUCCAAACGAAAGUGUCUACAGUGCUUCAAAAGCAGCCGUUCGAUCUUUUGCUCGAUGUUGGAGAGUUGAUCUAAAAGAACGUCAUAUUCGAGUUAAUGCUGUAAGUCCAGGAGCAAUAGAUACACUCGCACUAAGAAAUGCGGGAAACACAGAAGAAGAACAGAAAGCAUAUCUCGACGCAUGUGCAGCUGCUACAACAAUGAAUCGUUUGGGUACGCCUGAUGAAAUAGCCAAAGCCGUGGUAUUUCUUGCUUCGGAUGAUAGUAGCUACAUAACAGGUAUUGAACUUUUCGUCGAUGGUGGUAUGGGACAAAUUUGA